AUGGAUGGGGCUGAGAAACAACAGGAAAUGGGAAAAAAGCUCAAGCGCGAGAUGAAAGAAAACGCCCAUCAACGACGUUGGGAGCGUUUGAUUAAGCGUUUUGACGGUCGCCUUUCGAUUACUGAAGCCCCCGCGAGUGAUCAGCUUCCCCAGCAUCUACGCGUGUUGCAGACUACUUCAACACUUGAUGUGCCCCUAUCUCACACGGAAGCCCACGACAGUGAAAUGGAACCAUGUCCUGAACGAAGGACUGGCUGCAUACUUGUUCAGAAUAGCGCUGAGCGGGGCUUAUCUUCGGGACGGUCGGACACCAUACUCCUUAUGUUCUAUCUCGAUUAUUUGCUUCCCUUCUUAUACCCGUUCUAUCAGCCAUCUAUCCUUCAAGGUGGUAGAGCGUGGAUAUUGGAGAUGACGACCACCAGCCCGGUCAUACAACAAGCAACUCUUUGCCAGAGCUCAUAUUUCUUCUCCCUAACUCAGGGGUCCUCCGAUUGCGAUGCACCAUUUGAGGCGGUGCUUGCCAAGACGCGAGAUGCCUUUGAGAUGAUGAGAAAAUCAAUACAGUAUAUAGGUGACUCAGACAUCACCGAGCAUCUGCAUGGGGCUGCUCGAAUCAUGACUAGUAUCAUGCAGCUCCAUCGUUUUGAAGUUGCAGUCUUAAGCUUUAGCAACUAUCAAAUCCAUUUGAAUGCCGCUUUGGCGCUGUUCAGACAGAUUCUCGAAACUGCUAGCCCUGCUGAGCUUGCCGGGCCCCACUCGAAAUUUAAUGCUGUCUUGAGUCGGCUUGGUCCACCAGCGUGGAUUUUUCCUAGCCAGGAAAUCCAUGUCCCAAGCGCUGAACAGGCGGCAUUUCAGUUCUCAUCCACUCUUUUGAUACUUGACGAUAUUAUUGCCAGCACAGUGCUUCAAGAGGAACCAAAACUUUACGAGUAUCACCGCUACCUUCUUGAAGGUACAGAUGACAUCGCACCCCUUAUCAACCUUAAGGCUACCGUCGGGUGUGAAAACUGGGCAUUACUAGAGAUCGGCGAGGUUGCUGCGCUUGACGCUUGGAAACAACGUUGUCAAAGAAUCGGUAAUCUUGAUGUCAUAUGUCUGGUUCAACGGGCAACAAAAAUCAAACAGUCCCUAGAAGCUCAUCUCAUUCGAGUCGACACCAACCGCGAUACUUCUAGGAUGAAAGAGGAAAACUUUCUGGAUGUCCUCACAGCAUACAACCAGGCUUCAACAUCAUCCGUCAACCAGAACUCCUGGAUAACACGACUGUGGGCUCAUUCUGCGAUUCUUUAUCUAAGCAUUGUUGUAUCGGGGUGGCAGCCUGCCAGCUCCGAUGUGCGUUAUCACGUCAAAGAGAUUAUGACGCUGUUGACCAACCACACAUCACCACCAGCACUAUUGCGGACAGUGGUAUGGCCCUUCUGCGUAGCAGGCUGUCUUGCAGAGCCUGCACAACAACCUCAUUUACGAGCGAUGGUACAAAGUCUACAACCAUCGAGUGUCUUCGGUACAAUCCGCACGGCACUAGAUAUCAUGGAAAAUGCUUGGUGCAAUAGGAAUGUAGGGGAUGUCACGAGUCGUGACCUCGCUAUGUGCUUUAGAAGUCUAGGUCAUAUGGUAUUACUUGUUUAA